AUGGUGGUAGUGCAAAUAUGUCAGGCGAUGACUGAAUCACUAAAAGUUUGUGGGCCUGCUAUCAUUGCCGAAUAUGUUGACCAAAUCGCAAACCAAUGCCUUCAGAUACUACAAAAAAAAGCAGUGUGUCAACAAGAUCAAGAAGACGAAGACGGCAUACUCGACGAGGACGAAGCAGCAGAGCACGACGCGUUACUUAUAAGCGCGUGUGCUGAUUUGGUGGCGGCAAUGGCGUUAGCGCUUGGCCCCGACUUCGUGCAGUACUUCAAGAAAAAAUCAAAACCAGUGUCUGAUAGGUCGAUGACUAUAGGAUGCUUGGGUGAAUGUAUUCUUGGAUUGAAAUCAGCGGUUACAGAGUUCACUGAGCAACUUUUAACAUUAUUUAUGAAAGCUUUAACUGAUGAAAACGACGAAGUUCGUAGCAAUGCUGCGUAUGCGAUCGGGCUUUUAUGUCAGUACACGACUGUUAAUAUAACACCACAAUAUAACAAUAUUCUAGCAGCACUGCAUCCACUAUUCAUCAAAAAAUCGACGACAAAUGUCACUGAUAAUGCAUGUGGUGCCGUGUGUCGGAUGAUGUUGGCGCAUCCGGAAGCAGUUCCAAUUGAUCAGGUGCUUCCUGUCCUAAUACAAACACUACCACUCAAACAAGACUAUCAGGAGAACGAACCAGUAUAUCGAUGCAUCUUUCAACUUUUUCGUGCAAACAAUAAUAUAGUACUAAAUCACAUUACCGACCUCCUAAAUGUCUUUGCACAAGUCCUCUCCCCUCCCGAAGAUCAACUAUUAGAAGCGACGCGCAACGAACUGAUUGAGCUUAUUCGUGCGCUGCAUCAUCAAUUUCCUGAUAUCGUUAAUGG